AAAAACAAAAGCCAUUCUCAUAAUUACAAAUAUCUCACCCAAAAUAAUCCACUACUUGGUUAUGCCAUAUUCAUCAGCAAUGGCUACCAAACUGGCCUUCACUUCGCUUCCUCCUCGUUUCUUCACUGCCACUAUUCAAAAACCCUUGAUUUGUUUCUCUUCUUCUUCCUCUACCAGGGUUCAAUCCGAUGGAAAGCAGCUAUUUGUUCGACGCAGAUUGUUCUUACUACCCUUCAAGGCUACUGCUGAUCAACCAGGUCAGGUCGAAGAAGAUGAAGUUGUUGAUGGUAAAAUUCUUCCCUACUGUAGUAUAGACAAGAAAGAGAAGAAGUCUUUGGGUGAAAUGGAGCAAGAGUUUCUUCAAGCCCUACAAGCAUUCUAUUACGAGGGAAAAGCUAUCAUGUCAAACGAGGAAUUCGAUAAUCUCAAGGAAGAACUAAUGUGGGAAGGCAGUAGUGUUGUCAUGCUAAGUUCUGAUGAGCAGAAAUUUCUAGAAGCCUCAAUGGCUUAUGUGUCCGGGAAGCCAAUUAUGAGCGACGAAGAGUUCGAUGAGUUAAAGCGGAGGCUAAAGAUGGAAGGAAGUGAGAUCGUGGCUGAGGGUCCUCGAUGCAGUCUCCGAAGUAGAAAGGUUUACAGUGACCUAUCUGUUGACUAUUUGAAGAUGUUCCUCUUAAACGUCCCGGCGACUGUGGUUGCACUAGGACUGUUUUUCUUCCUAGAUGAUCUCACUGGAUUCGAAAUCACAUAUCUUUUGGAGCUUCCGGAACCAUUCAGUUUUAUUUUCACUUGGUUUGCUGCUGUGCCCUUGAUAGUUUAUUUAGCUACAUCCCUUACGAAAGUGGUCGUGAAAGACUCUCUGAUCCUAAAGGGCCCCUGCCCAAACUGUGCUACUGAGAAUAUCUCCUUCUUCGGCACCAUACUUUCGAUUUCGAACGGUGGAACCACCAACAUUCUUAAAUGUUUGAAUUCCCAACUCUUCUUUCACUUCAGUUGUGGAACCACAUUGGAGUACAACUCGAAAACGAGGUUGAUUACAUUGCCGGAAGGAAGCGAAGCUUGAUUGGAGGAGGAAUUACUUUCAGAGAUCCACAUCAAGAUGCCACGUACUGACUGAUAAAGCUGGAGUGAAGAGUGUCAUAUGUUCAAUCCUGGUGGGUAAUUGUGUGCAGCACAGAGCGGAAAUUUUGAUGUGUUGCGUUGUAAAACAUGUAUCUGUUGUGUUAUAUGUGGAACACUGUAUUUGUAAUUAAACAUGUAAUAUAUUUAUACCUAAACAGGCAUGUUGACAAGAAGAGGAGAGGAAAGUUGUGAGUUGUGAAAGUCUUUAAUUCAAUGAAAACCAUACU